UCAUCCAGCAACAGCAACCUGUUGACAGCAGUACGCACUUGCAGAACUGCUCAAACGCGCGGAGGCGCGCAGUGGGACAGAAGUUUUUUUGCACUUUUGGAUACUUAAGAUGAAGAGAAGCGCUUACAGUGAGGAUACAAACUGGCGAAUAAUGCAAAACUGGCUUUGAAUUGGGAAUAUUGUGUUUUACGCAUCAUCAUCAUCAUCAUCAUCAUCAUCUCCAGGUGCUUGACUGCUCAUUAGGGAUCGAUAUUGCUCUGUGUUUGAUUUCCCUGAGAUGAUCGAUCAUUUUUUCCCAGAUUGGCUGGAAGUAACGUGACAGUACAGAUCGCGAUGAAAGUGCUGCUCGUGCUGUGCGCUGCGCUCGCGGGAGCGUUCAGCAGCAGAUACUGUCCCGAGCUGAUGAUUGACAGCUGUCGCUGCGUGUCGGAGAGAUCAAAGGAGUUUAAUAGGCAGAGUUUGCGCGUGAAGGUUGCGUGUGAGGAUAAGGACCUGACGGAAACCAUGCAGCCCAGCUCUUUACCCAACACGACUGUGUCACUGAUCCUGAGCAACAAUAAGAUCUCGGCGCUGAAGAAUAACUCUUUCCUCGGCCUGAAAGCUCUGGAGAGACUGGAUCUGAGCAGUAAUCUCAUUAGCAGAAUUGCCCCUGGCGCGUUUCACGGCCUGACGGCUCUGAGGAGAUUGGAUCUUUCCAACAACAGGAUCGGCUGUUUCUCUGCUGAUAUGUUUCUUGACCUUGGCCGCCUCUCCAAACUGAAUUUGUCUGGGAAUAUCUUUUCCACGCUGCCGGAGGGUUUGUUCACGCACGUCCCGUCUCUCAGAACGCUACACGUGGGCACAGACUAUCUGUUCUGUGAUUGUCAGCUGCGCUGGUUGUUGUCGUGGAUCAGAUCUCAGGCGCUGCGUGUGGGAAAUGAAUCCGUAUGCGUGUAUCCCACUCGUCUUCACGGACUGGAGCUGCGCAGCCUUCAGGAGAACCAGCUCACCUGCGACGGCCCGCUGGAGCUCCCCGUCCUGCAGCUCAUCCCGACCCAGCGGCAGCUGGUGUUCCGCGGGGACCGUUUGCCGCUGCAGUGCGCCGCCUCGUACCUCGACCCUUCCGUCAGACUGUCCUGGAGCCAUGAGCAUCGUCCCAUACACACGCUGGAGGACAGAGGACUGUACGUGGAGGACAGCAUCAUUCACGACUGCUGCCUCAUUACCAGCGAGCUCAUCCUGUCCAACAUCGAUGCCGGCGUUUCCGGUAAUUGGCAGUGUCACGUGACCAGUUCCCGUGGCAACAGCUCAAUCGGGAUGGAGAUCGUGGUGCUGGAGACGACGGCGCUGUACUGCGCGGCCGAGAGGGUCAGUAGCAACAAGGGCGACUUCAGGUGGCCGAAGACGUUGGCGGGUUUCAUGGCCUUCCUGCCGUGUGCCGUGUCCAGCUCCAGCUCCGCCCCUCAGGAGAAGAGGGCGUGGCGCAGGUGUGACCGCACGGGCCGCUGGGCGGAGGACGACUAUAACCAGUGCUCAUACGCCAGCCAGUUCACACGCAGCCUGCAUGAGCUCACACAGAUGUCGGUGAACGUCUCCAGCGCUCUGAUGUUGGCGCAGCAGCUCUCGUCUCUCACCAGCAGGGCGGCGCUGUUUGGAGACAUGAUGGAUGUGAUAUUUGUCACUCAUCUGGUUGAAAGACUCACACGUCUGGUGGAUCAUGUCAGAGAGCUGUCCGAUCACGUGUUGGAUGUGGCCAGUGACAUGAUGGCGGCGGAGGAGCAUGUUUUGUGGAUGGCUCAGAACGAGGCUCGCGCGUGUACGCGGAUCGUCCAGUGUGUGGAGCGGAUCGCAGACCUCGCGCUCAACGCAAACACCACCGUCAUCUCAAAGGUUUCGGCUAACAUCGCUCUGGAGGCGCUGGUGCUCCGUCCGGCCGCUCUGAUGGGGUUAUUGUGUACGGUGGUGCAGCGGCCGCCUCUGCUGCCUCCGGUGGCCGACGCGGGUCACGGCGAGCACAACACGCUCCUCAACUUCAGAUGCCACACGGUUAACGUCUCCGGGUCACCCAUGGGUCAGCUCAGCCAGAACACGGUGGCCAUCGCCUCCAUACAUUUCCCGCUGGCUGCCCCUCGCGCUGUGGAGAACUCCACCUGUAAGCUGCAGCUGAUCGUCUUCCGCAAUGGAAAACUCUUUCCGUGCACGGGGAAUUCGUCAAAUCUUGCGGAUGAUGGCAAGCGCAGAAGCGUUUCGACACCAGUUGCGUUCACCAAAUUAGAUGGGUGUAGCCCCGGGAGCCCCGUGCAGCCGGUUACCGUCGCUCUCCGGCACUUCUCGUUGGGUGUAGACCCCACCGCGGCAUAUUGGGAUUUUGACCUGCUGGAUGGACACGGCGGCUGGCGCGCGGAAGGCUGCCACAUAACGGGCUCCGCGCACAACACGACCACCAUCCACUGCACGCACCACAACAACCUCGCCGUGCUCAUGGAUCUGAAGAAGGUGCUGUCGUUCCCUCCGUAUCCGGGAGAGUUCCUGCACCCGGUGGUGUACGCCUGCACAGCCGUCAUGCUGCUCUGCCUGUUCGCCUCCAUCAUCACCUACAUAGUGCACCACAGCACAAUCCGGAUCAGUCGGAAAGGAUGGCACAUGCUUCUCAACUUCUGCUUCCACACGGCCCUGACAUUCGCCGUGUUCGCCGGAGGCAUCAACCGAAUCAAAUACCCCAUCAUCUGCCAGGCCGUUGGUAUCGUGUUGCAUUACUCGUCUCUGUCUACAAUGCUCUGGUUGGGCGUCACGGCACGAAACAUCUACAAACAAGUGACCAAAAAACCACAGCAACCACAGGACGGAGACCAUGCGCCGCCUCACCCCGCCAGAUCACCCAUGUUGAGGUUUUAUUUAGUGAGUGCAGGUGUUCCCUUUAUCAUCUGCGGCAUCACAGCAGCCAUCAACAUCGAGAACUACGGCAGCGGAGAACAGACGCCAUUCUGUUGGAUGGCGUGGGAGCCGAGUCUGGGCGCCUUCUACGGUCCCGUGGCCUUCAUCGUCCUGGUGACCUGCGUCUACUUCCUGUGCACCUUCAUCCAGCUGCACAAACACCCCGAGAGGAAGUACGAGCUGAAGGCAGUGACCGAGGAGCAGCAGCGACUCUCCGACGUCCACCAGGGGGAGCCGGCGAGCGGCCAGUGUCACGGCGGCUGCCCGGGUCUCAUCAAUCCGUCCAUGCUGGCUAACGAACACUCGUUUAAAGCCCAGCUGCGGACGGCGGCGUUCACGCUGUUUUUAUUCGUAGCCACGUGGACGUUCGGCGCGCUGGCCGUAUCGCAAGGCCAUUUUCUGGAUAUGAUCUUCAGCUGCUUGUACGGGGCGUUUUCCGUCACGCUCGGGUUGUUUGUUUUGAUUCACCACUGCGCGAAACGCGACGAUGUUUGGCACUGCUGGUGCGCUUGCUGUCCCGGGCGACGCCCUUCCAACGCGUGCCACGGCCAUGGCCACGCCCACAAAGUCAACAUAAAUGGCGACGCCCACUCCCACUGCCAUUUGGAUGCUGGAAAACCCGUUCACUGCGCGUGUCGCACCGCCGCGCAGAAUCACGUGACCUGCCUGACGCCGGUUUCGCCGUGUUGCGCCGCCCUGCACACGCAGCAGCUCCUAGAGGAUGAAACCAGCCCGCACGUGCUUCUCCACGCCGACCCGGAGGGAUACCGCCCCGCCGUGCGUUUGCACCGCUGCUCGAAAUCCGUCAGGACUAAAACGAGGCGCCAACGGGAACUAGCGUUCCGCAUUCCCUCCGGCGCGGACGGAGCUAGCGCGCACAGCUCACGCGCCAACAGCCCGCACGCCCACAUUUGCCACUUGGCUCACGAAGGGCACCACGUUUGCCCUCACGAGGCGCUCGCGCUCUGCCACCACCAUCACGUGUGCUGCGCGAAAGACGAGCUCCUCGACACGAGCGAGAGCUUCCUGUGCGGGUGCGGGAAACUCGCGGAGGACGAAUUGCAUCACGCGCACAUAGAGUUGCACGCCCGCAGACAGUCGCUGGCCAAUCAGAACGGCAUCCUGAAGGGAAGCGCGCAAAUGAACGAGGCGCUCCUGUAUCCGUCAGACAACACGGGGAAUAUACGCACGGGACCCUGGAGAAACGAAACUACCGUGUAGUUCGAGCGAACUCCAACACUAGGAUUUAAGAAAGGAACUUUUUUUAGGACCAUCAUCAGCAUCGGUCAUUGUACAGGAAGAUCGCAGCUCCGCGGAUCAUACAGAUGCGAGAAUGGGGAAAAACCUGGGGCCUCAUUUAUAGAGUGAUGCUAAAUGUGAAAGUACGACAGGUUUUAAAAUAAUCCUAUAGUCUGUUUGCACAAAAAAAUUGCAGUUAAUAUUUUAUUUUAAGCUCAAUGUGAACAAUCGCAUCAACUCCAUUUACAAUAUGCCCACUUCAUGGUUCAGAAGUAGUACAGAAAUCAUCAUCAGUGGGCAGGAAUUUUAUUUUAUUUUAUUUUAUUUUAUUUUAUUUUAUUUUAUUUUAUCUUAUUUGGGAAAUCAUUAAUAAUUUAUUUAUUUAUUUCAGUGACAUAGCUACUGCAUAAGCAAGAAACGGUUAAAAUAUUGCAGAAAAUGUGGUAAUAUAAAAAGACUGAAUAAAAAAAACUUUUAUUUAGAAUAUUGUAAAUUAAAAAACACACACACACACAUAUAUGUAUGUGUAUAUAUAUAUAUAUAUAUAUAU